AUUUUCUUCUUUUUCCUUCACUUUCUCAAUUUAUUCUAUUCCUAGGGUUUGAUUUUUUACUUUUAGCUCUUUCUUGAUUUGUUGAUUCUAGCAUAUAUAUCUCUUGAAUUUGUGCUGCAAAUUAAGAGGUUUCUUUCAUCAGAUCUACAAAACCUUCUAAGGAAAGCAAAUCAAGGUUGAAUUUGAAUAUGAACAAUUUCUCGCACGUUCCUCCUGGAUUUCGAUUCCAUCCCACUGAUGAAGAACUUGUUGAUCACUACCUUCGGAAAAAGAUAGCUUCAAAAAGAAUUGAUCUUGAUAUCAUUAAAGAUGUUGAUCUCUAUAAAAUCGAGCCAUGGGAUCUACAAGAGUUAUGCAAAAUAGGAAGUGAUGAAGAAACUGAAUGGUUUUUCUUCAGUCAUAAAGACAAGAAAUAUCCAACUAGUAGUCGUACAAAUAGAGCUACAAAAGCAGGAUUCUGGAAAGCCACAGGAAGAGACAAAGCAAUAUAUUCUAACAAUAUUUGUCUGAUUGGAAUGAGAAAGACUCUUGUUUUCUAUAAAGGAAGAGCUCCUAAUGGACAGAAAUCUGAUUGGAUCAUGCAUGAAUAUCGCUUAGAAACUAAUGAAAAUGGAACUACACCUCAGGAAGAAGGAUGGGCUGUGUGUAAAGUGUUCAAGAAAAGAAUAGCUACAACAAUGAGGAGGAUGGAUGAGUCACCAUGUGGAUAUGAUGAUCAAGUUUCAUUCAUGCAAGAGCUUGAAACACCAAACCGAGUAUUUUCUUCUCAUUCUUAUGCAUCAUACCAACAACAACAUCAACAACAACAACACUAUCCUUGCAAACAAGAGUUGAAUCAAAUGCAAUACAAUAUAUCCAUUAAUGAUGCUAACAAUUUCCUCCAACUUCCACCACUAGAAAGCCCUAAAAUACCUAAUUUGCAGUGCUCAUCAUCAUCACAUUCAAUAACUCAUCAAGAACAACAACAAUAUUAUAGCCAGCACCAGCAACAAAGUAUGCAAAUGCUUUAUAGUGGUAACAAUGAUUUACAAGCAGUAGUGGAGCAAUCAAAGGAUUGGAGAGUAUUUGACAAACAUGUUGCUUCUCAGCUAAGUCAUGAUCAAGAAGCUUCCAAGGAAACAGUAACCAGUUAUUGCAAUAUUGUGGCUGAACAAAUUGCUUUGCUAGCAAAUGAGUCUAAAAAAUCUGAAACUCAUGACCAUGAAUAUGCUACUUCAACUUCCAACUCCAGUUGCCAGAUUGAUACAUGGAAGUGAAGAUCUAUAACUAUAUAUGAAGAGGCAUAUAAUUGAUAUACUAUAUUACAAUAUAGGGAGUAGUAUUAUACAGCCUAACUCCUGGAAAAAUAAGAGAAAUAUUAAAAGGGUAUUGUUCAUUUCCAAUUUCCAACUUCCAAGUUUGUGUACAUAUAUAGUAAACCCUGAAGUAUUGUUUAUUUUUUAUACUAAAACCUUUAAGUACUGCUAUAUAUUAAAUAU